AGGAUAGAUGAUCGACACAUAGAAUACAUGGCCAAUCUCUACAAGCAGUUGGCAGAUCGAGAUGGGAAACCCAAAGUUAACCGGACUAUUCUGACUAACACCAUUCGGUUGGUGAAACCUAGCACAAGUGUAGUGCUCGCCGACUCAGGUCAUUGGCACAUACAUCAUGUUCAAUACAAUCUGCACUAUCUUCCAGAGCUGGAGCAUUUGAUUAAAGUUGUUGUUGUGUAUUUGCACAAUCCUCUACCCAAUCAGUUCUUGGUUUCUUGUGAAAUCAAAUGUCUCCUAGCAAAUUAUGUUAACCUGAACUUCAUACAGAAUGACACGGACAUAGAAUUGCCCAUCAGGUUUGUAUUAAAUCUGAAUGACCGAUGGGCAGAGGCUGAUGUAACUCCAUGUGUCAUCUUCCCAACUGGUAAUUCUGUGAAGAAAGUCAACCUGCACAUCAGUUACAAGUGUGCUGAAUUUGGAAAGGUCAGUCAAAGAACUUUGGACAAAAAAAGAAACUAUGCUGUUCAUUUACAAGUGCCUUCACUGCUGCUAUUUUUGAAUGAUACUGAUGGAACUGCCCAUCAAAGGAGGGGGAAGCCAGAAAAGCAAAUGCCAGAGAGUUCAUCUAAAUCCCAUGUGCUGUCUAGGAAGCCACGGCAAUUAAGUAACAUUGGCUCAGACAUUCCUAAUUAUCUUCAUAAAAGCCCUCCAAGGAACAAAUGCAAGCUUCAUUCAUUCUGGGUAAGCUUUGAGCAACUGGGAUGGGAUCAUUGGAUUGUGGCUCCUCACAGGUACAAUCCCAAAUUUUGCAGGGGAGACUGUCCUAGAAUUCUUCAUUAUGGUUACCAAUCUCCAAAUCAUGCAAUAGUGCAAAAUUUUAUCAAUGAAAUUGUUGAUAAAAAUGUCCCCCGUCCAUCUUGUGUCCCUUUGAAAUACAGCCCAAUUAGUGUCCUUUUGAAGGAGCAAAAUGAUCACAUUGUCUACAAGGAAUACAAGGACAUGAUUGCAAUGUCUUGUACAUGCAAAUAG